AUGCAGUAUAACGAGACACUUGGCCCUGAAUUAACCAGUGGACCGUUGCAUUUUUCGAUUUCCCAGUUGUCAGGCUUUCUAUUUUUUGCUUAUACAAAAAGAAAAGGUGAAGUAGCCAAGUCAAAUUUUGGUCCAAGAACGAUUUUUCGCGAGCUUUUACAACGAUUCAUACUGACAAGUUCACUGAGAUUUUCGGAAAUCAAUUAUCCGAAUAGUUUUAUCAUUUUCACCAUGAGAGGUAGCAUUGUUCCGCCAACUAAAUAUUUAUCCGAUCCAAUAAACUACAUCAGUUGGCAUAGUCAACACAUCAAAUUCAACAGUGUCCGGAAAGAGCAUUCUAGACAAGACCCAAAUAACGAAUUCAAACCUAAUCCGAUAAUCAAAGAACCUCAUAGAGAAACUAGAAGACCUUCUCGAAGAAGUCAAAGGAAUGGAUCUGAAUCGUUGGACCAAAUGCUAACUCGAGAAGAAAUUCGCCAACAACAUGAGGCCAGAAAAAGAACUAUCGAAGAGAAGAUAAUGCACUUCAAACUACAUGUGAGCACAUUCGAAAACGCAAACAUCAAAUGGAAACAAUGCAUUCAACAACACAAGUGCGAGAAGACAAAUACGCUCAAAUGGUCGACGACCAAAGAGGUCAAUCCAAAUGGCACUUCAUUUAACAGUGAACUUGCCCAAUUACCACUACCCACAUUUUUUGGCAACCCAAAAUUAUGGAGAGGAUUCCAGAGUAGUUUUGAUGCUGCAGUGCAUCUACAAAAUAUUCCAGAUAUAUAA